CCCGCCUGAAAAUAAUACAACUAAUGACAGAUCACUGCCCCCCUCAGGUCAAACUGAUGACAGUGUUAUAUCAACACAGCAUAAUGGUGAUAAUGUGACAACAAAUUUACAACCAUGUAGCAAAUUGCAGCCACAAGAAUUGACUGGAUUGAAUAAACAGUCUGAUUUGCCAGCCUCUGUUACUGCUUGUGCAGCUGGUAAAUCAGACCUGGCCUCGGAAACAGGAAAAAGUGAUAGACUAAGCCUUUCAACAUUUGAAAGACAGGCCGUUCAUGAAGGCAGUGUCUGGCAGUCUGAUAAAAUAAAUCAUUCUCUCACGAGUUGUGAAGAUGAAAAAAAUCCAGAGUUUUGCACAGCAGAAGUCACCCCAGCAGCCCGUAGUAUUUUACCAAUCGAGUCAAACUGCCCUGCUUUGGAAGCCAGCACUAAGUCAGGGCUGGCUGCAGAAGUACGAAACACUGGAGGAGACAACCACACGCUGUGUCAAAGAGAGCCUGAGCCUCCACAACAGCUGGAAAUAGGCCGUCACAACGCAGCUCAGUAUAGCUCUGCAUUUGAAAAGACUGACACUCCUCUAUCUACAGUUACAAUUGGUUCUAGUGCACAGGAGCAGCCUGUUCAUGAAACAGAAACUCAACAAUUACAAACUACACCCUGUUCAUCCUGUGAUGUGAAUCCACCAACUGUGGCUUGUACUGAAUUAUCCAUGUCAGUGGAUUUGUUAAAAAUUCAAUCAGAUAUUCCACCAACAUUGUCCUGCUCUACUCUGGAAGGCGAUCAAAGCUGCAGGACCCCAUCUAAUGAAGAUGUCAUGUCACUGUCAAAUAAAAAUAUAACUGAUAUGUCUGAGAGUUCCUGUUCAUCUGUCGGUCUACACAAUAGUGGAAGUGAGGAGGAAAAAAUAUCAAAAGUACUGGCAACAGAUGAAGAGGGAGAAGGUACAUCUGGGCCUAAAAGCCUGGAAGUAUCGCAUGACACUUCAGAGAUAAAAUGUGAUUUAGAGGCUGGGACAGAGGAUACUCAAGCCACAUCCAAAGCGGAAAAUGAAGUAGAAAAAGGUCCUGAUUGCAAACAUACUGUGUACGCCAUGUCCUCUUUUUGGAGGGAGAUGGAGAAGCUGACAAUCAAGGACAUUUUGGGUUUGCGGAUGAUGAGCAGUGCUGCUCCACCGGGCCGUCUCCCACCUGUCCCAGAGACUGAGACCGCCGACACAUCGGAUGCAAGAGAUUCAGGCUACUUUACUCAGCCUGACCAAUCCAGCGAGGACACAUCCAGCAUUCCUGGUCUUGUAGAGUCAAAUUCAGAUGCUGUUUUGGCAAUUGAUUCAUCCUCCUCAGUGGAUGUCAUGUGGGAGAGUGAACCUGACCAGGUGAGUCUAGGUGAGAACAUGAUGUUGGCAUCUGUGAGUGAUAUUCCUCAACCUCUCAUCGCCAGCAACAGCAAUGCACCAAAGUACCUCAAAAAGAUGUCCAAAAAUGUGAGUGUGCGUAAUCUGCAUGCCCUGGACUCUGAACCUUUUAGCGUGACAUGGAAAAGUCAGGCUUUACCAUCCGUGAUCUCAGAGGAAGUAGAACUAGAAAACAAGAGUUUCCCUCAUGAACACAUGCCUAGGCGAGACAGCGGCCUGGACUCUUUGCCUUCAUCUUCUUUUACUGGCAAUGCACCGGGUGACAGUUACAGUAUCUCACUCACAGACAUAUUUCAAUACCUCUUUGGCAUAAAGCAAUCAAAUCCCAGCCCAUCUGCCACAGAUAACACAGCCGUCUACUCUGAUGGAAAUUCUCUCCCUGAGGCAUACGAUCAUUUCUUCUCAGAGUUUGAUACAGAAAGCUUCUUCUACCCUCUCAUCAAAGCAGCGGAUCCGACCAAAGAGGAGCUGGUGCCUAUCUUUUCCUGCUCUCGCUCCACAAAUAGAAAUCUGCAGUUCCCUGAGGCUUACGAACAUUUUUUUGCGUCUUCCUCCUCUGAUGAUUCCUCCACUGAGUCUGAUGAAGACGAUAAUGAAGACCAUGGCCCAAUACGAGUGGUGACCAGGUUAAACACACAGGGAAGCGCAAGUCAGAUUUCGACCGACAUAUAUGAGAAUUUUUUCUUAGAUGGGGACCACAGACAGAAUUUCUUUUGGAAGAACACGUUCUCCCUCAGGAAUAUUCGUCUCACUGGAUCUACAAGCCAGAUGCAGAGAUCAGACUCUCUGUCUCUGAUACCUGUAAGGCAGAGCGGCAGGUCCCUCCGCAGGACAAUUCAGCCCAUUAGUGCUCUGGGAAAUGAAGAUGUCCCUUUUCCUGAUCCCCUGCUCUACCACCUGGAGGAGAGGAUCUCCAGGCAGCUAGCACAGCAGCCCUUCAGAUAUGAAGACCUACAGACAGCUGUUUCAAACCCAAGGCUCGAUGCCUCUCUUCUGCCUCUCAGACAGUCGGACAUGUGUUUGGUUUGCAUAGCAUUUGCGUCUUGGGUGUUGAAGACUGCUAACCCUCAAGUUGGAGAUGCCUGGAAGGCUGUUCUGCUGGCCAAUGUAAGUGCGUUGUCUGCCAUUCGAUACCUGCGGAAAUAUGUCAGGGUGGAGGCGGCAGCCGGAGAGAGGGCAUUGCGUCACACCUCUGUCUGAUGGUUCAUCUUUUCCAUGGACAUCUGAUAGGAGACGCCAUGUUGCCCGUGUCCUUCAAGAGGGAAUUUGUCAUAUCAAAAGUUUGAUGUGCUGUGAAACGUUUGCUCUGUGAAAUUUGCACUAAUUGCUCCUAAAAGUUUUGUUAAUCUCCCCACUGGAUGGAAAUGAAUAAUGCAUGGGGAAUUAAGUUAUUUCAUGCAUUUGUUUUGCACAUGGUCAAAAUAAUUUGGCUACCAAGAAACACUUUUGAUGUCUGAAGGCAUUCACACGGAGUAGGAAAUGUUUAAAUGACCAAAUGGCUUGACGUGAGAUAGAUACUAUCGGAAAUAACAGAAAGUUGAUAUUUUUUCAUAUGAGAGUUCUUGUAUGUACUGAAGAAGCCAGAUGCAGAUGCGUUAGAUGCAGGUCUAACAGGAGCCAUAGGGAGACAGUAUGUUAGAAUGGCAAAUGAUAAUGGAUUUAUGGUAUGUACUGUGAUUGACUUGAAUGAAGUGACAAGAAAUUGCGGCACUUAGGAUGGUACUAUCUUGUUUGUCAACAUACAGUAUAUCUUCUAUAAUGAAAUGACACCUAUUGCAAAUAGGUGUCAUUUCCAAAAUUUCCAAAAUUAAAUUUCAGCUACAACAUGGACAAAAGUAUAAUCCAUUUAGGGGACUUCCUCUGUGCCAGUGUUAGUUUUAUACUAUGUAAAUUACAUAAUAUUAUAGAUGAUUAUAUUUUGUCAUAUAGCUUGCUCUGUGAGCGGUGGAUGUCUUUCAGUUUAAUUACAGUAAAUAGCAUCUAUUAGUUAAUGGGGCAUGUUUUGUUUUUCUGAAAUUAUUCAGAGUUGAACAUGAAGCCUCUCCAACACAAGGGGGCAACAUAAGUUCAUGAAAGAGCUGGAGAAGUUCCCAGGUCAAGUAACUGUUUUGUGUGGAGAUUCACACACUGACUUUCACCAGCAGAUGGCAAAGUUGGGCCAUGACACUUUGAACAUACCACUCAGUUUGUUAAGUGCUCAAGUUCUUUUUACUGAAGUACUCUACUGCACUACAUUUCAAAUCAUAUCCGUAACAGAGUACUAACUUUGUAGGCUCUCCAGGCGAGAACAGAGGCUGGACAAUCAUAAACUGGUCACUGUAGAUCCAUUUUCGACAAAUGGUCAGUCAGCAAAGCACAGAAGAGGAAUCUAGCUUUGUUUCUGCACUUUAUUUUGUAAU